AUGGCACACAGCAGGAAAAAUAAAAGAAACUUCCUAAGGCUGUGGAGUUCCGGGAGUCCAGACAUACAAUCAGUAAGGCCAACUCCAGAGGAGGCGCAAGAAUGGGCUGACUCUCUAGAAAAGCUGCUGCUUCAUCCGUAUGGGCGAUCGGCCUUUCGCGCUUUCUUGGAGUCAGAAUUCAGUGAAGAAAACCUGGACUUUUGGAUGGCGUGCGAAGAUUACCGGAAACUCAGGGGCUGUGAGCAGCUUCAAGACAAUGCACGGAAAAUUUACGAUCAAUACAUUACUAUCCAAGCCCCUAAAGAGGUAAACCUGGAUUGUCAGACCAGAGACAUCACCAACCGGAACAUCUUACUUCCCACGCGCUCAUGCUUUGAACAGGCCCAGAGGCGUAUCUUCGGCCUGAUGGAGAAAGACUCGUACCCUAGAUUCCUCCGCUCCUUCAUUUACCAAGCCUUGGCCCAACCCCACAGACAUCAGGCCAACGGACCCGUGUAAACUUCGCUACUGCCUUUACCCUUCAUCGCAGUUUGAGUGAAGGAGAACCGAAAUCCUCCUUUGGUCUCGAAUUCCCCGGCUGGACUGUUCAGGAUGUGAAACACCUCAGAAAGAAGGCAGAAAGACAGUGUUCCCUGAUUCUUGGCAGAUAAUAAUGACCCAAGCU